UCUCCAAUAACACCAGAAAAAGUCGCUGGAUUUGUCGCCAGUCGCUUUUUUGAAAAAUAGUUGCUAAGGGGGUCUGAAAAGUUGCUAAAUAUAGCAACAAAGUCACGAUGUUGGCAAUACUGCUUUGCUGGCUUUUACAAAUGGCGUGUGUUGUUAUGGUGUCAAGUACUAUGUCACAUCCUGCUUAGCGUUCUAUCCAAUCAGUAACCAGGCUUUUUUCAGGGGAGAAAAAUGGCCCUGCUCUUCUACAGGUACUGAAAAAGUCCUGACAAAAGACUGCUCAGGACGGCUCAUAUUCAAAUUAGGUGCGUUUUGGCGAGUGAGACCCGCCUCAUUCCGUGUAUUGGGCUGUAGUAGAAACAGCCUUUAUGUCUACAACCUGUUGUGCUUCACCAAAUUGGCCAAAAUUUACUUAAUGCAGGGUUAAAAUCAUCAUCAAUCAAGCAUUCAUCAUUAGAAAAGUAAGUAAAGCUUUUUUACUUUUGAUCUUUUAUUACUGUAUCCUGGUUUCCUUUUACCUCGCUCAAUCACUCCUUCUUGUUUUCUUCUUCUUCUCCUCCCUUUGGCAAUUGAUAUUCCAGCAGCCUGCCUCCCUCCCUGAGCCUUUCUUUUCCUCUUUCUCCUCCCACUUUUCCUGCCUCUCCCCCAUCCUCUCCUCCUUCCUUCAUCACUCUCUCCUCUCUCAGAUCACUUCAGUUAGGUGUGCUGUCAAGUCCAGUAAAAUUUUUGCAUUUCUCUCUCAAGAUGUCCUGGACUCGAGUCUUCGUGCUCUCUUUGCUCACCACCCUCCUCAUCCUCACCUUUUCCAGCGUGGUGAAAAGUGCCGCAGUGCGGGACGACUCAAAGCCAGGCCAUCCUAAAGGGCCAGCACGGCAGGUGUUUAUGCCCGAGUCGGAAGCCACCAACUUUUUCAAACGCCGCAGUCGCCGCUCAACUAGAUAUUAUGAGCUCCAAGCUGAGCAGAGGGUAAGGCUUUCAGCUGACAAGCUGAGGAGGGACCGCAACGAGGAGCGAAGGAAUGAGUGGGAGAACUACGUUGAGGAAGAGCGUGAUGAGCAAAAUGAGAGAACGAGGGAGACAAAUGAGCAGUUGCGAGAGUAUCACUACGACGGUCUCCAGCCUCGCUACUACUGGUUCCACUGAGCUGCAGCAGGCUAACGCUAACAUCACCUCUACCAAAGACAACUCCUGACACUACGUGCUAAAGUUCUGUCUAGAUUUUUUCCAACUUUAAUCUUCAAAAUUAAAGAUUCUUUGCUUUGUAUUUUUUAUAAAACCCUAAACUGUGCAAAGUGUCUCCAUGUCAAACUGUAAAAUGUAUUAAAAGUGCAGUUUUUGUAAACUUUAUCAUAUUUAAAGGAGGCUAUAGUAUGUUUUGCAUGCUUUUUUUUAACUACAUUUUUUUUACAUGUACAUACAUUGUAUGUUUUAUUACAAGCUAUACAAUG